AGAAAGGAAGUGCUUCAGAGUCGCAGAGCUGGAGAAGCGGUGCAGAGAGGAAGCAGUAUGUCCGCGGAAGUCCCCGAGGCAGCCUCCGCUGAGGAACAGAAGGAAAUGGAAGAUAAAGUGACUAAUCCAGAAAAAGCUGAAGAAGCAAAAUUAAAAGCAAGGUAUCCUCAUCUGGGACAAAAGCCUGGAGGUUCAGACUUCUUAAGGAAACGAUUACAGAAAGGGCAAAAAUAUUUUGAUUCUGGGGAUUACAACAUGGCUAAAGCAAAAAUGAAGAACAAGCAACUUCCGACUGCAGCCCCGGAUAAGACAGAGGUCACUGGUGAUCACAUUCCCACUCCACAGGACCUUCCUCAACGGAAACCAUCCCUUGUUGCUAGCAAGCUGGCUGGCUGAUUAAAAGAGCUGAACUGCAUGCAUCUUCUAAUUCCUGUUGUUUUUCCUUAAUAUGUUACUUCCCGCUUUUUAUUUCAUUUCAUUCACUAAGUCGUUUGAGAGUGACAGCUUUGCAGGUAGUGGUAGUGUGUGCUGCUAUUGUAAGGGAAGAUACAUGUGUAGAGGUUUUGAUUAGUUUAACAGUGCACUGAUGAAGAGAACAUGUUAGAGCAACAUAAAGUAAUCUACUUGAAAAUAAUUGUAUAUAUUACCUAACUCCUAGUAUAGGACCGGUCGUAACAAACUACCAAGCAAGUUUUACAAUUUUAAUGUUUUGGCUUUCUUUAAUUCAUCCUAAUUAUAGCUUUGUGUGUUACUCUUAUUUAAUUAACCUUUACUGUAUUGAUUUAUUCUGUAUCUUCCUUUUGGAUUUUAUAAAACAGAAGUUUAAGACCACAAGUUGGAAGAAAGGUCGCAUAUUUCAAACACCAACAGAUGGGGCUCCAAAAGAUUUGUCUUUCUGUGCUUGAACUUGAAUGGCCUUAAACCUGAUUCAGCUUUAACAAUAGAAGUUUACUUGGGCAAUAUUUGUCCAUUCUGGUGUAACUUAUGUGACCCUAGUGCUUAACAGCUGCCAUUGAAGCUAAUAUUAUUCAGUUAUAUAGUUACAAUACCUUUUGUUGUUAAAGAUAUGAAUGAAGUAUGCAUGUGCAUUGACUGUUGAAUUCACUUUUGUGCCAUUUUUGUAAAUACAGUAGUUUUGCACAACCUCUCACAAAUGUCUGUAUUAAUUUCACAUAUUAAAAAUUAGAUGAUGUGCCAACCAGAAGCACAAAAGUUCCUACACAAAACUCUAUAUGCCAUUAGAGCUUUUGUAAAGAGUAGUUUACAAUCAUGGGCUUAUAGAAUACCAAACUGAAAUCUUUCCUCAGUCUGCCAUAGACUUAAGCUUUUUCAUUUGUUACUAAUAUCCAUGACGUUCAGUGGCCUUGUGCAAAUAUGAUAUGUUGCUUAGGCAUAUCUUUUGUCCUAUGCAGAACAUUUCAUUUUGACUUUUAUGAAAAUUGCAAUUCAUGUAAUUUAUAUAAACUUUUUAAAUGUAGAAACUUUUUACUUCCACAAUUUUGAGGACACUAGAAUAAAAGGCUUCGAUAUUUUGCGUCCUGUGGCCCCUCCCUCCUUUUUUUUUUUUUUUUUUUUAAUUUUUUUUUUAUUCCUGCUUUGACUCAAAUCAUGUUGGGCUGUGCUGGUCAGUCUAUUCAGAAGCAUAGUGUAUCCUUACUCUUGAAAUUUGCUCUGCUGAAUGCUGUUUUUUGAUGAUGUUUUCCUUAUAACUUUUUAGUUAACCAUUCUUAUUCCUGUAUUAUUUCUAAUAUUUGACCGUUGUUAAAAUAAAAAGAACUUUAUAAUGAAACAAAUACUUGAGAAGACUGGUCCAGAAACCUGUGUCAGGAUCAGGAUAAGUUGAACUCUGGUAUAUAAUUUUAAGUAAUUAUGAUUAGCUACGUGUAUUAGGCUUAGGACAGUAAUUUACAUGAUAGGUGGGACAUACUCAUAUUACAAUGUUUAGAUAUAUUGCUUCUAUAGAUACCACUUUAAUAAAACAUCAAUUUAAUUUUACUUGUUUUUUUUUAAUCGAGUUGGUAAGAACUUCUAACAGACUUUACUGGGACAGAUUUACUGCUCUUUUAGGAGCUCUUCCCACAGUCAUAAUGCUGUAGCGUGAUAAUGAGGACCAGUCAUCUGAGAUGAUAUUCUUUUUCACCUCAUCUUUGACUUGCACAGGGCCUCCCUUCUCUGGGGCCCAGGCAUCUUUUCUGGAUCUUGGCUCUAUUUGUAUACCUGCUUUCUUAUGUCCCCAAAUCAUUGUAGAUGGUGCCUUGAGUAUAGCACCUGCACUUAAGGACAGCCUAAUGAUGCUCUGAGGAAAGCUCACUGAUUAUCUUUCUGCUCUACCCAUCCCAAAAUGCAGAAAAGCAACAAAAUCAGUAAUAUGCUAAUCUGCAAUGUUAAUAGGACAAGUAGGUUACUCUGCAGUAUGUGUAAUUACUGUAGGAUCAACUUAAGAAUUACAAAAUAAUGCUCACUUCAACAGCACGUAUACUAAGAUUGAAAUGAUACAGGGAAGAUUAGCAUGGCUCCAGCACAAGGGUGACAUGCAAAUUCAUGAAGCAUUCUAUAUUUUAAGGGGAAAAAAAUCUACAAAAUACUAUAAAGUAGAAUUUCUGCAAUAUCUAGUCCUUUUUAAUGAAUAUGUACAAGAUAUCACCAUUAAUUCUACACAUCAGAGAAGAUUAAUUAAAAUAUCAGACCAUGUUAUUUUUGACCAUGGUAAGACUCUUGCUUUGGUUUGUGACAAGUGAUGUAACCUCUGCCUGAAUUUUAGUUUGUAAAACACAAUGCUAAAAUUUAACCUACCUCAAAGCUUGAGGAUCUGUGAAAUGCUGAAUAAGUGCCCAAAAUAAAAUGCUGUUGAUCGUCUUUUUAUUAAAAGUAAAUUUCCUCAUUAAACCAACCUGCCUUCUGUAAAGUCACAGUGCUUAAAAUCUCAGGAUUUUCCAUUAGGAAAGACCUGUCAUUAAGGAUUUGUAGGUACAAUUGCUUAGCCUCUAUUAUUGGUGCUUGGGAUAAAGAGGUUUUAAAUUUUUGUAAUCUUGGUUCUGCCUCAAUGAUAGGUUUAAGGAAGACGUUUGCAGGCUGUUUCACCAUUGCCAGAAUGAAGAUUUUGACUAGAUGAGCUUAAUCGUAAUCAUCCAUUUCUGUGAUUUCAGAAUUGUGGUUUGAAAUAAAUGAAUGCAGGAGCAAAGCUAAGAUAACAACUUCUUGAAAGAAUUGGCUAACGUCUGAAAUAAACUACCUGUUUCAUGUCUAGGAGCUCCUACUUGAUAGUAGAGUUUUGAGAAACACUUUCGAAAGCUACAGCUGACUAAAAUAAUUAUAGUUCCUGGCAUUUGGGAUAAUAAUGAUUGUUGGAUUGUUUUUGAUUAACUGGAAGGAGCAUAUUUGCAGUCUUUUUACAAAUUACUCAAUCCUCUUGUGCUACUGACCUAAAAAUAAGUCUUUACUAUUCUUCAAGGCAGACAGGCAGGCCUCUACUUGUUAUUACAUCAACAGUUGGAAUUAGUUGCUCUUUUUACUUGAUGUGACAAAACCAUACCUCUGAACAUUUAUUGAUAGUUUUUACUAAAUCAGACAUGUAUUUUUUUUUUCAAUCCAAAUUAGUGGAGUUUUAUCAGAGCUGAGAUGUAAUCUCAAACUGUGCUCCAAACUUGGUGUUCGGUGAGUCGGGCAGGUAGCCAUAGGAAGAGCACAUUUGGUGACUAGAGCAGUUUCUGUGGUGGCCUUUUCACAUUCCCCAACAUGCAAACACAUUUCCACUCAUUUUCCUUUUUCACUUCGUUUUCAUCCCUACCCUGACUUAUUUAAGCCCCCUGAUGGCUUUUAUUAAAUGGUGUUUAGGGCUGAUUAAUUAUCAUUUCUUACUAUUGUUCCCAAUAGGUUUCAAUUCAAUUUUCUAAAACACUAUCCUAAUCUGGAUAAUGACCAAUUUGAGCCACUGUUCCAACUCUGUAACUCAGCAUACACUGCCAGUCUUUCCCACCACACCUUAUUAAUUGAGAUAAACCUCAUUCUGAGAUUGUUAAGAAUAAAAACACUGAUUUUAAUCGUUUUUCUAGUUUCGGUCUUCUAAGUAGGUUGGCCUAUGAGUUUUAUUCUGCAAGUCAUUGGUGGUCAUGAUAACCAUUAACAUAUGUCUGUGUUAUGUUAUUUAUCAACUAAAUGGCAUUGAUAUUCUUGUAAUAUGCCCUCAAGCCUGUUACCGCAUCUCUACCUGUGAUGCAAUAGGACACUUCACCUGUAUUAAAGGGGUCAAGAGUAAAUGCCUUUUUUGUUGAACACAUCUAUAGAGUUGGCAAUUAAUGCUGAAAUUUGUCAAAUAGCCCUUCCAAAAUUAUACUUGUGAAAUACACGGAAAAAUAAACUGAUCUACUUAAUUUCUAUUGAUUUAA